AUGUCAAAUAAUCAACAAUAUGAUACCAAAUGCCUAAAUCAUCCAUAUCAAGAUAUUAUUUCAAUAUGCUCAAAUUGUCCAAACAAUAUUCCUGUCUGUAUUGAUUGUAUUACCGAGGAUCAUAAUGGCCAUAGUUUAAAAAAACUAAAUGAUAUAAGUUUUAGAAAUCAAAUACAACAUGAUUUUAAAAAUCAAACAAUUCCAAAACUAAACAACUAUUUAGAAAAUAAUAAAAAAAUAUUGGAUGAAUCAAACAACCACUUUAAAGAAAUUCAAGAUUACCAUACAAAGAAUUUUGAUAAAGCUUUUAAUAUAUUUAAGGAAUUGAAAUAUAUUAUCGGUGCAAAAGAAAAUGAUAUCAAAUUAUUAUUAAUGACCAAACUAAACCAAAAUACAGAAAUAAAUAAUAUAAUAAAAACAACAAUUGAAAACAAUAAUAAUAUUAUAAAUAAUGCUAUUAAAUAUAAUAAUGAUGUUAAUAAUAAUUAUAAUAAUGAUGUUAAUAAUAAUAAUAUCAAUAAUGAAUUUAUUGAACUUUUAAAACACAAUCAUCAAUGUAACAGUCUUUUAUCAAAUAUAAAUAAUAAUAACUUACCAGAAUAUAACGAUACUAAACUAAUAACUAAACAAGAUAAUCUCUACUCAAUUAAAGAUCUAACAAACAGUUAUAUAGAAGUACUUGAUACUCCUUUAGAUUUAAAAACACUAAAAUUUUAUAAUUUGGAAUUUACAAUUUACGAAGAAGGGUGUGAUAUUAGUCAUUUAGAAAUUCGUAAUCUUGCUAUUGGACCUAUCGGAUGUUUACCCAAAACUAUUCCAGCAACAGUUACAGAUUUAUAUUUACGAGAUGGCUUUAAUCAACCACUUAAUUUUAUACCACCCACCGUAGAAUGCUUGUAUUUAAAAAACAUCAAGUAUCAAUUAACACCUGAUUCAAUUCCAGCAACAGUUACAGAUUUAUAUUUACGAGAUGGCUUUGAUCAACCACUUAAUUUUAUACCACCCACCGUAAAAUACUUGUUUUUAGAUAACAUCAAGUAUCAAUUAACACCUGAUUCAAUUCCAGCAACAGUUACAGAUUUAUAUUUACUUAAUGGCUUUAAUCAACCACUUAAUUUUAUACCACCCACCGUAGAAUGCUUGUAUUUAAAAAACAUCAAGUAUCAAUUAUCACCUAAUUCAAUUCCAGCAACAGUUACACAUUUAUAUUUAGAAAAAGGCUUUAAUCAACCACUUAAUUUUAUACCACCCACCGUAAAAAACUUGUAUUUAGAAAACAUCAAGUAUCAAUUAACACCUGAUUCAAUUCCAGCAAUAGUUACAUAUUUAUUUUUACUUGAUGACUUUGAUCAACCACUUGACUUUAUACCACCCACCGUAAAACACUUGUAUUUACAAAACAUCAAGUAUCAAUUAACACCUGAUUCAAUUCCAGCAACAGUUAUAUAUUUACAUUUGGAAAAUGGCUUUAAUCAACCACUUAAUUUUAUACCACCCACCGUAAAAAGCUUGUAUUUAGAUAGCAUCAAGUAUCAAUUAACACCUGAUUCAAUUCCAGCAACAGUUACCUAUUUAUAUUUACUUGAUGACUUUAAUCAACCACUUAAUUUUAUACCACCCACCGUAAAAUACUUGUAUUUAAAAAAUAUCAAGUAUCAAUUAACACCCGAUUCAAUUCCAGCAACAAUUAUAGAUUUAUAUUUACUUGAUGGAUUUAAUCAACCACUUAAUUUUAUACCAACCACAGUACAAUACUUGUAUUUACAAAACAUAAAGUAUCAAUUAACACCUGAUUCAAUUCCAGCAACAGUUACCUAUUUAAAUUUACUCGAUGGAUUUGAUCAAUCACUUAAUUUUAUACCACACACCAUAAAAUACUUGUAUUUACAAAACAUCAAGUAUCAAUUAACACCUAAUUCAAUUCCAGCAACAGUUACAAACUUAAUAUUAGAAGAUGGUUUUAAUCAACCACUUAGUUUUAUACCACCCACCGUAAAAUACUUGUAUUUAAAUAACAUCAAGUAUCAAUUAACAUCUAACUCAAUUCCAGCAACAGUUAUAGAUUUAUAUUUACAAAAUGGCUUUAAUCAAUCACCCAAUUUUAUACCACACACCAUAAAAUACUUGCAUUUACAAAACAUCAAGUAUCAAUUAACACCUGACUCAAUUCCAGCAACAGUUACACAUUUAUAUUUACAAGAUGGUUUUGAUCAACCACUUAAUUUUAUACCACCCACCGUAAAAUACUUGUAUUUAAAAAACAUCAAGUAUCAAUUAUCACCUAAUUCAAUUCCAGCAACAGUUACACAUUUAUUUUUACUUGAUGGCUUUGAUCAACCACUUGACUUUAUACCACCCACUGUAAAAUGGUUGUAUUUAUAUAAAAUCAAGUAUCAAUUAAUACCUGGUUCAAUUCCAAAUCAUUUAACCAAUCUUAUGUUUAAUCAUGGUUACUCUCAACGUUUUACAAAAGGUAUUAUCCCUGACUCAAUAACCUCAAUUCAUAUGGGCGAUGUGGUCUAUCCUUUAGAACAUGACUCCAUUUCAAACCCCGGUCAAAAAAUAUCUUAUUUAACGAAAUCCAACCAUCUAAAAAUAAAAUAA